AUGUUGGUAGAGGGGAGAAACUACUUCUCCCAAAUGGUUGAUGUGUUUCACGUGAAGCCCAAUUUUUCAUAUUACUGGUGCAUGGCUAAUCUUAUGGCUUAUGUUGGUCUAAUUUUGCAAGAGGCUGUGGAUAUCUUAAGGAACAUACCGGUUGACAGGGAUGCGUCUCCUGAAACCUCAUUGUGGGCGGGGUUGCUUGGGUCAUCUCGUUUUCAAGGGUAUCUGAACUCAGGGGGACAAAUUGCUAAUAAAUUAAUUGAGCAAGAUCCUCAGAAAUUUUCAUAUUACAUGUUGCUAGUUAAUGUUUAUGCUGUAGCUGGGGAAAUGCUUGCUAAACAAAAUGAAGCUGAACUACACAGAGUCAAGAAACAACUCACUGGCUGUAGAGAAAGCGGAAUCUUGUCUGAGGGUAUGUUCCACAAUGCAGCCUUUGAGCACCCUAAAACAUCUUUAGACGUGACAGAGGAAAGCCUCAAGGUGUCAUGCAUGGGUAGAAGUGUGGUUAAUAGUGAUUAUACCUGUUAUCUUGUAUCUUGA